AAGGGGCGGAGCUCGGGCUAUGUUGUGUAUGGGGGGAGAACACAGAGAAUAUAGGCGGGAGGCUGCUAGGGAUCUCAAGAAGAUCUGCUGCAUGUGGUGCACCAGGAGACACAGCCAGUCAAGGUUUAAUUGGGGGCAAUAUGACAAGCUGGAAAAUCUUUGUCUGAUUUCAGAUUGUUUUCUGGGGCCUUUAGCGACAAAAGCAUUGUGGUAGAUGCUGUGAAUGAAUGACUGUUUACAAUCUAUUCUGUGUUGGGCCAGGAUAUGGCAUUCAGUGACUCUCGGGAAAUUCUGGACACAGAUCGUGGAAUGGAGGAUGUGAGUUUGGCAGCUGGCAGGAGCCAACGGGAGAAAAAGAGAUCAUACAAGGAUCUUUUACGUGAGGAAGAAGAGAUUGCCGAACAAGUUCGUAAAUCUUCUAAAAAGAGAUCCAAGGACAUCGAAAUUACGCCUUUGGCAACAGAAUCUCAUAAAAAGAAAAAGAAGCAUUCCUCCGAUGACACGUAUUAUCCAGAAUUAUCUUCUUCAGAUGUGAAGAAGAAGAAAAAGCAUUCUCAUCCCAGCUCUUCUCCAUCCUCGGAUACAGCUAUGGAUCUUCUCAACUCCAUUUCCUCCCCUGUAGUUUCUUCAAGCAAACACUCUUCUAAAAAAGCUGAAAAGACACUGGCUUCCCCUGUUGGGUUUCAGUCUCCAGCCCAAGUAACCCGUAAAGAACAUCGGAAAAAGGGCAAAGAAGACACUCCUGAGGAUCUCUCCCACAAAUCAAAAAAGCCCAAGCCUCUAACUUUACGUGAGCCUGAAGGUCUAAAGAUGAAACUAGUUAUUUCUCCCAAAGAAAAGACUAGCGAACAGCCACUGCUAACACAGGAGAAUCCAGUAAAUAGUGACAAAAGUUCUUCUAAAAAGAGCAGCAAGAAAUCUAAAGAUGAAACUGAGAAGAGCAGUCACAAGAAACACAAAAAAGAAACGCACACACCACGGCAUGGUGGCACUCCAGAUACAGCUUCUUCUUCUGGAGGGGACGUUGAGGCUGGAGAUCUUGUGAUUGAUGAUUCCCUUGGGGAAAUGAAGAAGAAAAAGAAAUCAAAAAAGAGUAAAAAGAAAAAGGAUAAACACAAGGAAGACAAACAUAGGAAACACAACAAGAGCAAGAAGGAACAUGGAUUAGAAAGCCCGAAACUCAUGGCAUCUUCUGUACUCUCCUCAUCACCAGCUACAACAUCCUCUCCUCCACCAUUACCAAGUCCACCAGCCACAGUACUUCUGCCAACACCUGUUGUCUUGCCUCUUCCUGAAGGAACAACAGAAAAGAAAAAGAAGAAAGAAGAGGUAGAAAAGCCCAAGAAGAAAAAUAUGUCUGCAUAUCAAGUUUUCUCUAAAGAGUAUCGAAGCAGCAUUAUAGCAGAACAUCCUGGAAUUGACUUUGGAGAACUUAGUAAGAAGUUGGCUGAAGUGUGGAAACAACUGCCAGAAAAGGAUAAACUCGUCUGGAAACAGAAGGCUCAGUAUCUUCAGCACAAGCAAAACAAAGCCGAGGCCACUACUGUGAAACGCAAGUCUAGCCCAACAGAGUCCUCUUCAAAGAGCAAAGGUUCAUCUUCUUCCUCAAGCCUUAAGAAGUCCUCAAGUAGUACUCUGUCUUUCUCUUCUUCACCUGCCAAAGCCCCUGACACAGAGCCAAUCGAUGUGGCAGCCCAUCUACAGCUAUUGGGCGAGUCCUUGAGCCUGAUUGGACAUAGACUACAAGAAACUGAGGUGAUGAUCAGCAAAAACCCUGGCAUGGUUGCUGUAUCUGGUAGUCUCUCUGUACUUCUGGACUCUGUGCUUUGUGCCCUGGGUCCCUUGGUCUGUCUUACAAGCCACAUUCCACAGCUGAAUGCAUGUCCCAAGCAAGUUUUGUCCAAUACUUUGGAUAACAUCGCCUAUGUUAUGCCUGGCUUGUGACCGCAGAAGAGGAGUAACACAAGAGAACCUUUCUUUCUGUACAGUAUUGUAUGAUAUGUAUAAAGAAUAUGAAUUGUUUUAUAACAUGUUGUAAUUUAAGUACCAGUUCUACA